AUGAACAUUGUAAAUCCUAAUUCAGUAUUGUUAAGUAAUUUAGAAGUCAUAUCGUUCCUAAAAGAUGUGAAAGAAGGCAAAAACGGUCAGUUCAAACCUGGAGUUGAUCAGAAUAAUUUGGCCACAAUAACUUACGAAGUUUUGAAAUAUUUUGAGAAUGAACCAUGUUGUUUGCAGACCUCAGAAACUGUUCACGCUCUCAUGAACGACUUUAAAAAAUUUAAAUUGACAAAAGCUGAAAAGCUGCAGCUGGUGAAUACUUUGCCAAGAACAGCAGUUGAAAUUCAGUUAUUAGUUGAAGAAAGUGAAGAAAGAUUAACAGUUGAAGAGAUUGAUCAGUUGAUAAAGAUCAUUGCUGAG